GAUGAUGUAUUGCCUUCAGUGGCUUAUUCCAGUUUUACUGAUCCCCAAACAUUGGCUUCAUCCAACGUUCAUCAUUGAUCAAGCAAUAUUCAUGUGGUUCUAUGUUGCCGGUGAUAGUGAUUCCUGUAUAUUUUGGCCAUCCUGCAAAACAGUCCUGAACGGUGAAAUGUGCGCAUAUGUUCGUGAAAAAAGGCAGUGGCUUUCGUGAGA